CAUACGAUUUUUGAUUCGCUGUAGGUACUGCAGGGAUAUUCGCUGUAGAAGAGGAUUUCGUAUGUGCUCAGGCAGGACUUGGAACGGACGCGUACGGAGCGAUGAAGUACUUCGAUCGCUAUGAGUGGAAGCCGUUUGUGUUUCACGUGAUGGAGCGAGAACAGGCCCAGAAGGAGUUUGCAAAUGGCGGAACAUCAAUCAAUGCAAAAAUGAGACAACUUCUUGAGCAAAAUGAUGAUGCGUUCAUGACGCACUUAAGGGAAUAUAAGUCCAGCGAUGGUAUGGUUACACAAGAUAGUGAAGGAACCUCCUCGUCAGGCAUUACCGAAGCACGAGAUAAUGCUACAGAAGGUGCGAAUAAUCCCAAGUUGCGCAGGGGAGAAAAUCCAAGGAACUUCAUGUUAUCAAAAAUGGGAGAGGAACUGGGUCUAAUUGAGCGCCUCUUAAGAAGAGGUGCACGUCCACAGAAACCGCUGCCACAGAAGUACGUUAGGAAACAGGCUUCAAAAGCCAUUAAGACUCCUCGUAACAAACGGGAAACUUACCAGGCUUUCAAGAUAAACUUGAAUGAUGCUAUCGACUCACGCAUUUUCCAAGGACGUGCAGUCCAUAUCGACGGGCACCAAAACAUGGACGGCACCACUAAUGUAUUAGGCGUAGUAAUUAUUAUCCUCUUCUGUGGAUUCGUGCUCGCUAUAAUUUUGAGCUUCAUUCUGCUCAUUGGGCGGCGUAAUGGAACAAACGAUAAGAUGUCAGAAACACGACACAACGACCAAACAAGGAUCUACUGA